CCCACUUCCAUCUGAACAUACAACCCGAUUUUUCUCACCCGUCGAGAACCAACUUCUGGCGACAACUUUGGAGAAGCCUCAACCGAGGCAAUGAGAGGCUUAUGGGCUCAAGCGUCUCGACCAAGACUGAGAAGCUCUCACUACCUCUCGUCGACCGACUCCCUCAGCUCUACGCUUGUGCGAAAGACCACCACACGCCCUCCUAGACGUCGGCCAGGCUUCGGUGACGCAUUUACCGUCCUUUUGACCCCUGUCCUUGCGGCCGCACUGUUCGUGGAUACUAGUUGGAAGGCGAAGCAGCGGAAAGAUUGGGAUGACAGACUUGCUGCCAUCGACAAUGAGAUAGAUUCACUCAAGGAGCGGGAACGGCAGCUCCGGAGCACCCUCCAGCUCCGCAAAACCUUGUCUGGACUAUCUCAGCAGCGAAGACAUUAUGCUACAGCCGUGCAAGCACGGAUGCAAGAGGACGAAGUCCCAGGCGACAUUGAGAUGCCAAUAUGGCCGGCGGACCUGGGCCAGGAAGACGGCGUAUUACAAGACGAUGAAAUACCGAUACGGCAAGUUCUCUCUGCACGCGAGUUUUCCGCCGAACAGUUAUCCAACUUCAAGCGUUACCAUCGCCUGAACGCAAUCACACUAGCUCUCAGGAUGCUCCUGCAUCUCCGCGUCGGACCCAACCACUUCUACUCGAUUGUUCCAUCGGACGACCCAGCAGACGGUGCAGCCGCUGAAACUCCUGGGGAUAUUGGCCCCCUUUCGGACACCAAUCGCUUGGCCGAGAUGCUCGCUCUGACACGAAAGCAGAUGCGUUCUCUAGGAAACCUCGAAGACCUUUUCUAUGUGGCACCUCGGAUCCAAGCACAAGCUGCUAGAGGCGGCCUUCAGCAAGCCAUAAAAGAGUUAACGGCAGAGUUCGAUGCUGGGCGAAUAUCACUGACUGGGCUAAUUGACGGUUAUGGAAAAGCGGUUCUUCACACGGAUGAAGUACCCUCUGUCUCGGUUUACGUUAUGCUCAUUCGGUCUCUUUCCAAAGUCGGAAGCCACAGCUUAGCCUACCAUGCCGUUGCCGCCCUGAAGAGGAGUACGCUACCACUUUCGGACCCUGCAAUCUUUUAUAUGCUGCUGCAAAUCGGCCGAGCCUGCGACUCUCGCUCACUAAAUCAUAUGCUGCAUUUCAUCGCCAAGGCAGAUAACCCACUCAACGUGAUUCACAGGUGGGAAAAGACACGCGUCAAUGGAAUGGACCUUCCUGUCCCGACGACUCUGAAUCCACGCCUUCUCAUGGUUUUGGUGUAUGCAUCCCUGAGGUGCGAGCAACCGACACGGGCUGAAGCUUGGUUGACGCUCCUCCGUGAAGCCGACUAUGGGAGCAUGUGGAAAGAUGACCUGUUCCGAAGCUUCCUAGCCUACUACUCUCAGCACGGGAACUGGGAGGAGGGUAAAAAAUGGUUACAGCGGUCUGUGAAUCAUGCAUUGUCAAUUGCGAAUCAGUCGAUUGAUCGAUUAGCACGCGUGAUAUACCGUAUGCUGGAUCUGUGUGUGCGCUGCCGCAAACUUGCAGAAUAUACCACAAUCCUCGAUGCCGCAGUUGAUGCAGGUAUUGGGCCGCCACUUGUUGAUAAAACUCAGAAUGAUCGCAGGACAUUUCACCCACGGACUCGAAGUAUUCUGCUAGAGUGGGAAUCGCUCCCUCUACCGGACAACGUCGAAGAGUGCCCCGCGCAGGAAAAGGCAAGGUCAUUUCAAUUGGCAUGCAGAUCCUUAAUGGAGGAGCUUUCCGGAAAGCCUCAAAAUGCUCAGAGCUCCCAAGAGAACAUGGAAAGCGAGCUGGUUCUGAUGGCACCUACGGCGCAGAGCCCAAAUCUUCGUUAUGCUGUGCGAAGACCGACACCGGGCUCCCCCGCGACUAGUGGCGGCGAAUAUUCCUCGGCUGAGCUGGACAGAUUGCAAAGCAAGUUUACCCAGCAGGAAGCCACUAUUCUACAAUUGAAAACGAAACUGGACCUUGCUGAACUCCGACAGAAGUCUUAUCAAGAAGAAUCAGCCCAAAGGGCACAAAGAUGGAUCAAAAGCACUUCCGCCUUGGCAGAGGAGCUACGAGAAUCGAAAGAAGGUUAUGAAAAACUUCAGAAGCUGAAUGAACUUUACGAAGAAGAACGCGCACACAUGCGAGCGGAGAUGUCAGCUCUGAAGGCUGUUGCCGAACAAUUGAUGCAACAACGACAACAGCAGCCGAAACAGAACACCUCAAUUGCCACGGAGCUGUCGCCGGAGGAAAAGGAUGAAGAGAGUGAACGGCACAGGAUAGGGACAGAGGAGGAAGUGUCGACACCAUCCGAGCCAAAACGAGCAUCGAUCAAAGUACAAAACACGCCGGAAACCAGAAUUCCAACCAAAGCAGUCGAAACCACUAACACUCGGAGACACCGUUCCAAGGUUGGACCCAUUCUGACGGCUUCCGGAGAGGUCAAAAUUCAGACGUACUCGAAAAGUUUUGACAAGGAUGUCAGACCGAGGACGUUUAAAAGGGUUCAGGUCAAGAUGCAACCGGCUGCAAACUCAUCUUCGAUGCGUUGAUGAGAAGUCUAAAGUCUCCCCGCUCCGAUCACGAGUUCGCCGACUCGAAGUUGCCGCAGGGCAUCAGUCGUCAUAAAUGCUCGACGCCACAGAUGAAGCUGAUAAGCUGCUUUGCACCAAGUCUAACAGACCACCUGGAUCUGGCUCAAAUGUCCUCGCGACACCACGGCACAACUGACAUCAGGCCACACCCAGAAGUGGUCAGCCCUAUAUCUAAGUACAUGGUUGGGCUUUCCACGUUGGCUCGACCAUCUUCUAGGUGAUGUCGUGGCCAAACACUCAUCGGCCGUUGUCGCUCUGCCAGUUCCCCUUUCAUCUCGACACUCGUGGUGAAUCUGUGGAGUAGCAAGAAACGGGGUUGGCUUGUACGACACAACAUGACAUCUAGCCAGGAAGAGAGGACGAGAUCCUCGAAAAGGUGUCCAGAACAGGGAGGGAUAUAUAUAUAUAUAUAUGCAAAUCACUCCUGGGAGGGAAGAACAGAAGGAAGAAGUAGCAUCAUGGAUCCUUCCAGCACAUGCACAUGUACAUGCAGGACCUCUUGAGAGAGCGCAAACAGGAUCAAGCACCGCGCAAACAGGGCACUUGGAUGGACGUAUACUCUGUGGCCCGAUACGUUACUGUGCCCUUGACCCAGAAAGGUGUGUACCGUACCUUACUAUGUAAUACAGGGGGAAAUCCAAUAAAGCAACAUAUAUGCAAAAAUCAUUGAACGAAUGGAAU